AAAAGCUGCCACCUGAACGCAGAUAAUUCAGAGCCAAAAUGACCUCGAUAAGACCGCCUGACUGACUCAGUUUCUGUACUAUUCAGAUGUUGAAUAGGAGACGCACAAGACGGGGGACGAGACAAGCUCGUAGACAAUUACAAACUGCAGAAGAUGAUGGCAUUCUUGGAGAAGAAAGGAGAGAAGAACCAGAACCCAUAAAUUUGAAUUUAUAUGACAACGAAGGUAUAUCUGGAUGCAUAGAUCUUACUAAUGAAGAUGAUGACCAGGAUGAAGUGGUAGAUCUCACAGUCAAUUCAAGUGUUAAUGACAGCCCAGUAGUGGUGUUAGAGUCACAAGGUCAAGGUUCUACAUCAAGAAGAAGAAGACGUCGGAGGCCUAGACUACGCUACACUCUUAAUACUUUGAAUGCAAGGAACACUGAAGUUUUGAGCUCAGAUGAUGAGAUAGAAGAGUUGCCAUCGGUGUCAUUUCACAUUCCAGAGUCAGAUCCUGAAAGAUUUGGAAUGGGUGAUGCAGAAAGUAUAACAUCCCCAAAAAGAUCAGCAGUGUCUUGUCCCAUAUGUAUGGACAAUGAAAUGCAGAUAAAAGCCAGUGGUCGUCAGCUUCAGUCUACAGUCUGUGGUCAUAUAUUUUGCAAUGUUUGUAUCAGAUGCUCCAUUCAAACCAGUAAAAAGUGUCCAACAUGUAGAAAGAAACUUAACAAUAGAAGUGUCCAUCCCAUAUUUAUAUAGCACAAUUAUAAGAGGAAAGGCUUCAAUUCUGAUGUAAAGAGGGGAGUUUCUCCUUACUAUUGAGUCCAGUUCAACUUGCAACAUGGAACUUUCACUGCAUUGAAUUUUAUAAUUUUCAUUUGUUAUCAAUUUUUAUUUAAAAAUAACAUUUACACUUAUACUGUUUUCUGGGGGAAUUGCAAAAUUGAAAAAGAGAGAAUAUCCAGCUAUUGAAUAAAAUUGUGAAAUUCUCAUGAAUUAUUUUCUUGCGCAAAUUGCUAUAUAUAUAGAUGUCAGUACAAUUUAUUUUACAUUGUUAAGCAAUUAAUAUAUUUUGUAUAACAGCU